CUCCCUAGGGAAGCAAAAAAUUCUUUUAUUUGCGCAUUUGUCGACGUCGGAGCUUCUGUCCCAUUGGCUACUUACUAUAGGUUUCAACCGAUUGCUGCUAUCCAAUUACUGCAUCUUUUAUCUCCUUCCUCGCGACGCAGCUCUCUCCUGUAGGAGGGUAUAAUGAAUCCCUCCAAUACACGGCCAUUCAGCCCUGUAGGCGAUGGAGGAAGCGGUCAUUCUACCAGUCAAGGAUCGGGCAUCUCGCGGCUCGCGUCCUCUCCAUCAUCACAUUCGCACAAACAAACGACUUACGGUAACGACGAUAAUGAUUAUGACGCAGAGAAUCCGACUCUCUCGAGACAAAGGUCCUCUUCUAUGUCUAUACGCCUCCGAAAUGCCGGCGGGGUAAACAGCAUCGACAAUUUCGCACGCUCAUGGCAGAGAGCGGCAGGUUUCCCAGAGGUUAACCUAUGGGGAUCCUCGUACUUUACGAGUGAAUCGGAAUAUUCUGAUGGAGAAGAAACGCCCACAGCCUUUGGACGAAGAGAGGACCAGCCACUUCUCGGUGAUAACUCGGAAGCAAGAGACGUCUGGCCUAGAACAGCCAUUGCCGAUUAUGGCAGCGACAGCGGUCUUGGACCGUCCAAGAAACCACUUCCAAACACAGGACUGCCGGAUAUACACGUGGCCUCCCCUCCUGAAGGAGCAUACGGGGCAUCAUACGGCUCGGUCGCAUCUCGUAUCAGCCGCAUAUCUAGCAGACAACCGGUGAAAGCCAUUCAAGAACACCCGCCUAUUGUUGCGGGGCGGGAUGCGGAUAGAGAACCGUUGCUCGUCAAGCAAAUCGAGCAUGAAGAUGGGACCAAGGAGAACGUCGUUGUUGGGCAAUCGACCGUGCCACAAACCAUCUUCAACUCGGUAAACGUUCUAAUCGGGGUCGGUCUUCUGAGUCUGCCGUUGGGUAUCAAAUAUGCUGGUUGGCUCAUUGGUCUGCCAUUUCUUCUCUUUGCGGCUAUGGCCACAGCCUACACAGCUAAGGUUCUUGCUAAGUGCCUCGACGUUGAUCGAAGUCUUGUCACAUACGCCGACCUGGCAUAUAUCAGCUUUGGCCAGCCAGCACGUGUGGUAACGAGUAUCCUGUUUUCCCUCGAGCUUAUAGGAGCUUGUGUCGCACUUGUUGUGCUUUUCGCCGAUAGUCUCGACGCGUUGAUACCAGGAUUGGGUCUUCUCCAGUGGAAGAUCAUAUGCGGGCUCAUUCUCAUUCCUCUAAAUUUCGUUCCUCUACGACUUUUGAGCGUCACCAGUGUUUUAGGUAUCAUUUCUUGCACAUCGAUUGUACUCAUAGUGAUCAUCGACGGGUUUCUGAAACCGAGAGCCCCCGGCUCGCUGCUCGAGCCAGCCAGAACCAGUCUUUUCCCAGACAGCUGGGCGACGCUCCCUCUCAGUUUCGGCCUCAUAAUGUCUCCUUGGGGUGGACAUGGCGUGUUUCCUAACAUUUAUCGAGACAUGAGACAUCCUCAUAAAUACGGGAAGAGUCUGCGAGCCACAUACUUCUUCACGUACGGCCUCGAUUGCACCAUGGCUAUUAUUGGCUGGCUAAUGUUUGGACCUGGCGUGCGGGAUGAAAUCACAUCCAAUGUUCUGCUAACUGAAGGUUACCCACGCGGACUCUCGAUCUGCGUUGUGAUAUUCAUUGCGAUUAUCCCCAUCACGAAGACGCCACUCAACUGUCGGCCGCUAAUCGCCAUCUGCGAAGUCAUCUGCGGCGUUGAUUCACAAAGUGAAUCCGCGUCCCUCCAUUCACCUUCCAAAGAGAGGAUCCACCAGACAGUCAGAAUAGCGAUUCGCAUCUUUCUUAUCGCGCUGAUUGUAUUCAUUGCUAUCGUCUUUCCAGCGUUCGAUCGCAUUAUGGCGUUGAUGGGAUCUUCCCUCUGCUUCACGAUAUGCAUCAUUUUGCCUCUUGCUUUCUACCUGAAGAUUUUUGGAAAUGAUAUUCCUCGCGGAGAAAGAGUGCUGGACUGGGUUCUGCUGGUGGCAUCGUCGGCAAUGGCCGUGGUCGGGACAGUUUGGGCAUUCUUGCCCAGAGAGGCUAUGUCGGCAAAUUAGGAGAGCCCAUUUCAAGCCAAAGUCUA